UUGGACUCAGAAAAGCACGAGCCUCGGGACCAGGGGUACACUUGAAACAAAAAAGAGGUUCCGCCAUUGCGAGUUUCGCGAAGCUUUCUUCAUCUUCAAGAGGUGGCGCACAUCAAUAAAGAUGGUAGGAAAGUGCUUGUAGCUUUCUUCAUCUUCUUUCUUCUGAUCCCUUUCUCUCUCCCUUUCCCUCCUCUGAACCGAAAUUUCUCUUUCUCGUUACCCACAAAUCCUAAUCCAACUUCUCUGCCAUCAAACCCAGAAACUGAUCAGCGUUAAACCCAUUUUGCUGGCAUCCCCACAUUUCUCACUUCUCUCCUAAUAUUACCCCACAAACCACGAUUUCUUUCCCAAACUACCCCUACCACCCCCAUCCCCCUCUAUCUACCACCCAUGGGCCAAAGCUUCAGUACUGUGAUACCACCAAGCUUGAAGAGGAAGCGGGAUCCUGAAUCGGAGGACCAAAACCAGCAGGCUCGCAAGGUUCUCGUCGUCCAAGACCCAAACAAAGAAGUCCAAUCAAACUCAACCACAAGAACCACCUCGUCAUCUUCUCAAUCUGGUUGGGAUUACGACGUCUUUCUGAGUUUCAGAGGUGAAGAUACUCGCAAGAACUUUACCGAUCACCUCUAUUCCGCCUUGAUGAGGGUCGGAAUUCGUACCUUCCGAGAUGACGAGGAACUUCAAAGAGGGGAGAACAUCUCUACCGAACUACUCAAUGCAAUUCGUGGAUCAAGGAUUUCCAUUGUGGUAUUUUCCGAAGGCUAUGCUUCUUCAAGGUGGUGCCUUGAUGAACUUGUGGAGAUAGUGUGUUGCAGGAGUACCAUAGGCCACACUCUUCUUCCGAUAUUUUAUCACGUAGACCCCUCGGAUGUCCGACAUCAGAUUGGAACUUUUGUGGAAGCCUUUGCUAGGCAUGAAAAGCGGUUUCAGACCGAUAUGGAAAGGGUGCGAAGGUGGAGAGCAGCACUUGCUGAAGCUGCAAGUUGUUCCGGUUGGGAUCUUAAUAACGUUGCAGAUGGGUAUGAAUCAAGAUUCAUUAAAGAGAUUGUUGAAGAAGUUUUGUGUAAAGUGAACCCCGCUCUCUUGAAUGUUGCCAAACACCCAAUAGGAAUGAAGUCUCGUGUUGAUGAUAUUAAAGUUUUAUUGAAUCUUGGAACAAGAGACGUUCGAGUUGUGGGCAUUUACGGAAUGGGUGGAAUAGGUAAAACAACCCUAGCAAAAGCUGUCUACAAUGAAAUAUGUGAUGCAUUUGAAGGAAAUAGCUUUCUUUCAAACCUUAAAGAAAGUUCAGAAAAGCCUGAUGGCUUAAUCCACUUACAAAAUCAACUUCUUUCUGAUAUAUUGAAAAUGAAUUCGAAGAUUGUGAAUGUUGACAGAGGAACCAAUAUAAUUCAACAUAGAAUUCAUGGAAAAAAGGUUCUUGUUAUUCUUGAUGAUGUGGAUGACUUUGGAAACAUACACAUGUUAGUCGAAAAGCACUGGCUUGGUCCAGGAAGUAGAAUCAUUAUAACAACUAGAGAUGAACAUUUGCUAACUCAAUUGGAAGUAGAUGAAAAAUAUGAAGUUGAAAUACUGAAUGAUUGGGAGUCUCUUCAGCUUUUCAAUUGGCAUGCCUUCAAGAUGACCAAUCCAAAUCCAAAUGGAGAUUACUCAAAGCUUUCGAUUGAAGCAGUGAAUUAUGCCGGAGGACUUCCAUUAGCUCUUGAGGUUUUGGGUUCUUUUCUUAAAGGAAGAAGCACUGCUGAAUGGAAAAGUGAAUUGGACAAAUUACAAAGAACUUCUCAUCCAAAGAUUCAAAAAAUACUUAGAAUAAGUUUUGAUUCAUUGGACAGAAUUAUAAAGUACAUAUUCCUUGAUAUUGCAUGUUUCCUUGUCAAUAUGGACAAAGAAUAUGUUAUCAAAAUACUUGAUGGUUGUAAUUUCUUUCCAGAGAGUGGUAUCCCUAUUCUCAUUCAAUUGUCACUUGUGACAAUUGAUUACCAAAAUAAGUUGAAGAUGCAUAAUCUAAUUCGAGAUAUGGGAAGAGAAAUUGUUUGUGAAGAAUCGCCCAAAUAUCCAGAAAAACGCAGCAGGUUGUGGUUUUACAAGGAUGUCUUAAAUGUACUACACAAACCUACGGGUUCGAAGAAAGUUGAGGGUCUCAUCUUAAAUCCCCCGCUACUUGAAGAUGUAGAACUAGAAACUAAAGCAUUUAAAAAAAUGACGAAUUUGAGAUUACUCCAAAUCAAUGAUGUUCAACUUACAGGAUCCUAUGAAUAUCUCUCCAAAGAGCUUAAAUGGCUUUGUUGGCAUAAGUGCGCUCUAAUAUCUCUUCCACGAGAUUUUCAUCUAGAGAACCUGGUUAUUCUUGAUAUGCAGCAUAGUAAAGUCAAACGAGUUUGGAAGAAGAAGAAUAAAAUUUUCAACAAGUUGAAGGUCCUUAAUCUUAGCAAUUCCAAAUAUCUCACUAGAUCACCAUAUUUCUCACAAGUCCCACAACUGGAGAUACUAGUACUUGAAGGUUGCACAAGCUUGGUUCAGGUUCAUGAUUCCAUUGGACAUCUCAAAAGACUUGUUUUAUUGAAUUUAAAGGAUUGCACAAACCUGAAGUAUCUUCCAAGAAGCAUUUUUAACUUAGAAUCUCUUGAAACUCUUGACUUAUCUGGCUGCUCAGCAUUUGAAAAAUUACCGAAUCAACAACCAUCUUCCUUUGGUUUUUUCAUGAAUCUCAAAAUUGCAUCAUUUUCUGGAUGUAGCUGUCUCACCAAAUUACCAAACUUCUUACAAUCCCCACAUCUAGAAAGGCUAGUACUUGAAGGUUGUAAAAGCUUGGUUGAGAUUCACGAGUCUAUUGGACUUCUAAAAAGACUUGUUUUGUUGAAUUUACAAAGGUGUGAGAAGCUUAGGAAUCUUCCAAAUAGUAUUUCAAACUUAGAAUCUCUUGAAACACUCGACUUGGGGGAUUGCUAUAAUUUUGAGAAUUUACCGGAACAAUUAGGGAAUAUGACGGCUUUAAAAAAGCUAGUGCUGAACUUCACUGCUAUUAAGCAACUACCAUCCUCCUUUAGGCUUUUGGAGAAUACCAAAAAUGUAAGUUUUUUUGGAUGUCAAUAUCUUAUCGAAUCACCAGAGUUCUCACGAACCUCACAUCUAGAGGAUUUGACAUUUGUAGGUUGUACAAGCUUAGUUAAGAUUCACGAGUCCAUUGGACAUCUAAAAGGACUUAAAUUACUAAAUUUAGGAGGGUGCAAGAAGCUUAGGGGUCUUCCAAUUAGUAGCACUUCUAACUUAAAAUCUCUUCAAAGUCUUAUAUUGACUGGCUGCUCAAAACUCGACAAGUUACCUGAACAAUGGGGGAAUAUGAUGGCUUUAAGCAAGUUGGAGGCACACGGAACUGCUAUUGAGCAAAUACCAUUGUCCUUGGGUCUUUUGAGUAGUCUCAGUGUUUUAACAUUACCUGGAUGUGGAGGACUGAUAUCAUCCAAAAGCUCCAACUGCAUAAGUUUGUUAUCCAUUUCUGAAUUAUGUUCAUUGACAACACUAGAUCUCAGUUGCCACAAUUUGUCUGAAGCCGAGAUCCCCAUUGAAUUUGGAUAUUUAUCUUCACUCGAAGAAUUGAAUUUAUCAAGAAACAAUUUUCGUAACCUACCUAGUUGCAUCAGCCGCCUUUCUAAAUUACAGGAAUUGAUUUUGAACGAGUGUACUACACUUCAAUCAAUUUCACUUCCUAGAAGUGUAAUAUUUUUGGGAGCAAAUGGCUGCACAUCAUUGGAAAGAAUCUUAGUUCUGACGAAUGAGAGUUCAGGAUCUUCUGACCAUGAUAAUCUCAACAACUGGCAGAAGUCCGCAAAAAUUGGACUUGAUAAUUGCCACAAACUGGUUGAGAUUCAAAAUUUGGAGAGUUUGCUAUGUUUACCUGGUUAUAUUAGCAUGGGAAACUGCACCAAUCUAUCAUCUGGUUUUAGGGAGAGUGUUCUCCCGUAUCUUCUCAAGACGAUGUGCGAGACAGACUAUAAUCAAGAUCCUUUCGUUUUCCUCCCCGGAAGUGAGAUUCCAAAUUGGAUUAGCCAUCAAGCAAUCGGUUCUUCAAUAUCCUUUCGUGUACCUCCGUUAUUGGCAGGUAAAAUCAGCAAGGUGCUUUUCUGCAUUGUUUGUGCAGUAAACAAGAAAGCAGUCUCAGGCAGUAUAAUACCCCAAGGGGGUUCGUUGAGAUGGAAAUGGAGAUUUUGUAAUAAAAGUUCAAGAGACCAGUCCAACAACUGGGAUGACUGGGAAAUAGUGCCACAUACUUGGGUUGUACCAGAUUUUGAUAUCUUUGAAGAUCAUAUACAUGCAUUAAAGAUGACUGACUCUGUGUGGAUAGAACGACUUCAGAUGAAAAGUGGAGAUGAAAUAGAGUUCGCCGUCGAUCUACAAGUGCGGCGCCAAGGAAUUAAUAUUCCAUUUUAUAACUCAAAAAAGUGUGAAAUUGAUUCGCAAAUUAUGGAAGUGAAGAGGUGUGGAAUCCAUCUGUGGAAUCUAUGAGCAAUUCUAGAUAAUUUUGCAAAAUUCCACCCCAAAUAUAUGACAGUCGUGGCGGAUAAAAAAACAAAUAGGUGAAAUGCAUGAGAAACCGUUUCCUACUGUCACUGAAAUUCCCUCACUCACAGACGACAUAUGUAUGCCUUAUGCAGCUGCCACGCAAUCAUUCCUCCACCGAGCCAAAGUUGCUUGCAAAGAACUCAAG